UUUAACAUAGAUGGCGUUUUUUAAGCUCAUCUGUUUAAGUUAAUUUUAAUUGUCAUUUUUCUCAAUUUUCUUGCUGUAUCUUUAUAAAUUGUGAUUUUAUUGGAUUUUUAAAUAAAUAAUUUAUUUUAACCUCAGCCAUUUGAUUUGAUUGCAAUUGUUUAUUUUCCUUGGUUCUUCCUCUUGUUAACAGUCGGCAUUGGUAAACAUGGUUAGUGGACCUGCAGUGGAUAGUGAAGGUAGAAAAAUUGUCAUUUGUGAUAAUGGAACUGGGUUUAUCAAAUGUGGAUAUGCCGGUACAAAUUUUCCUGCCCAUACAUUUCCAUGUAUCGUAGGCCGGCCUAUCAUCCGAGCAGCUCAAAGAAUUUCCGACAUCGAAGUGAAGGAUCUGAUGGUUGGUGAUGAAGCCAGUAAACUGAGGUCUCAAUUAGAAAUAUCUUAUCCUAUGGAAAAUGGUAUUGUUCGCAAUUGGACUGAUAUGUGUCAUGUUUGGGAUUAUACCUUUCACACCAAGAUGGGAAUCAACCCUAAAGAUUGUAAAAUCCUCUUGACAGAACCACCAAUGAAUCCAUCAGAUAAUAGGAAAAAAAUGUUCGAAGUAAUGUUUGAAAAUUAUGAAUUCCAUUCUGCUUACAUUGCCAUCCAAGCUGUUCUCACUCUUUAUGCCAACGGUUUAUGUACAGGAGUUGUAUUAGAUAGUGGUGAUGGUGUUACCCAUAUAUGUCCUGUGUAUCAAGGAUACGCCCUUCCUCAUCUUACUAAGCGAUUGGAUAUCGCUGGCCGCAAUAUUACUAACUAUCUUAGUGAGCUUCUUCUACUCCGAGGAUACGCCUUUAAUCACACUGCUGAUUUUGAAACUGUUAGAAUUUUGAAAGAGAAAUUGUGUUACGCUGCAUAUAAUAUCGAACAAGAACAGAAAUUAGCCAAUGAGACAACAUAUCUCACAGAAAACUAUACGCUUCCCGAUGGAAGAGUGAUUACAAUAGGAGGUGAAAGGUUCGAAGCACCAGAAGCACUUUUCCAACCUCAUUUGGUUAAUGUUGAAAGUCAAGGAAUCGCUGAGUUAGUUUUUACAACCAUCCAAAAUGCACCAAUGGACAUUCGAAGUGAGCUUUAUAAACAUAUUGUGCUCAGUGGAGGCUCAACAAUGUACCCAGGUUUACCAUCUCGUCUUGAAAGAGAAAUAAAACAAUUAUAUCUGGAAAGAAUUUUGAAAGGAGAUGCUGGUAAUUUAUCGAAAUUUAAAAUUAGAGUAGAAGAUCUUCCUGGCAGGAAAGACAUGGUUUUUAUUGGUGGAUCUAUUUUGGCUAGUACUGUUAAGGAUAGACCAAACUUCUGGUUAUCUCGUGCCGAAUGGAAAGAGUAUGGACCAGAUAGAGCUCUUGCUCUUGUAAAAAGCAAUUCCGCAAUUUAAAUUGAGAAUGAAGAUUUAUAAAUGAAUACUAUUCAAAUUUCUUGUAAAACAUGGCACCCAUUACUGAAUAGGUGAAAGAGUUGAAUUGGUUGAUCGUUCUAUCCGAAGAAAACCAUUCAAAAUGAUUGUAAACAAUCUAUUUAAGGUCAGCAACAUUGGUUAAGUAACUUCGCUCUGAAUUCCGACACAACUUCAAACUCAAUCAUUUUUUUCAUGAUAUACUUUUUUCUACUUUCCUUCUCUUCCUGUUUUUUUUCAUUUUCACCCAAGACCAAGUCAAGUAUGAACCAUGAAAAAGUUGAGGUCAUCAAAAAAUUAAGAUAAAAGCAGAAACGAUACCAGUUCUCAGCAAAUCAAAAAAAUGCAAAACGAAUACAAAAAAAACUUUUUUCUCUGUUGAUUUUGUUUACUCUCAAAAAUAUUACUCAAUUUUUUUGUUGUAACUGACUGUUUAUUUUCACCUCAUUUCAACAAAAAGUAUAUAGAUGAUUCAAAUCAAUCAUUUGUUAUAAAUUGCACAAAUCAUGUUGCCUCGGUAAAUUGUUCACAUUACAACCUCCAAUCUUCUCAUGACUUACCUAAUUGAAUGUGUCAAAUUUUCCUACGAAAGCAAAAAUGCCUCAAAUUGGAAAUAAUGAAUUCAGAAUCCAAAGUUGAUGCCUGUCUAUAUUUAAAAAGUUGACUGAACUCAAAAUUCCAAGAAAUAAAAUUGCAAAGCCAUGAAAUGAACCGCUCUGGUAAAAUGCAUCGAAUAACCACAAUCGAAUCAAGCUCAAUGAAAAUUAAAAAUCAACAAUUGAAAAACA